UGUCGCAGGUGGCAUGAGCUUCAGGGAGCACUAGACAUGUAUCGUGGCCGCCUGGCUGGUGCUCUAGAGGUGCAUGCCUUCAACAGAGAUGUUGAUGACACCAGUCAGCGUGUGGCAGAGAAGGCAGUAGCCAUGAAUACAGAUGAUGUGGGGCGUGACCUAGCAGCCGUGGAGCAACUGCAACGCAAGCAGGAGACCCUGGAGCGUGACAUGACAGCAGUUGAGGGGAAGCUGAAGGAACAUGAUGGAGAGGCGCGCCGCCUGUCGCAGAAACAUCCCGACUUAUCAGCGCCAAUCCGCAGCAAGCUGUCAGAACUGCAGGAGAAUUGGCGUUCAUUGCAGCAGCUGGCUCGGCGGCGCAGUGACGCUCUUGCUGCCGCGUACACGCUUCACAAGUUUCGUGCUGACCUGCAUGAGCUGGAGCUCUGGGUGGCAGAGACCAUUAAACGCAUGGGCUCAUCAGAACUGCCUGCCACUAGUGUGGAGGCAGAGGCCAUGCUGGAAUUGCACCAAGAACGCAAGGCCGAGAUUGACGGCCGACAGGAGACAUUCAAGUCUCUCAAAUACUUCGGGAUGCGUCUGCCAUCUGGCGGGGGCCAGGAGGACCUGGCUCCUAGUCUGGCACACCUGGAAGAAUUGAGGCGAACUCUGGGAGACUCAUUGUCAAGUGUGGAGGCCUUGUUGCGUAAACAUGAGGCGUUUGAGAAAACUCUGGCUGCUCAGGCAGGGCGAGUGGAGGAAUUGGAACGGUUUGCAGUGGAACUGCUGGCAGAUCACCACUAUGAUACAGCUGGAAUCACGCAGCGUUUGCAGGCAGUCUGUGCUCGCAGGGACAGGCUGAAAGAGAGUGCCAUGGCACGAAGAAGGCUCCUGCAGGAGUCGCGCCAGUUGCAGCAGUUCCUACGCAACAUGUAUGAGGUGGAAGCAUGGCUGCAUCAGAAACAACAGGUUGCAAGUGAUGAGAAUUAUCGUGACCCAUCGAACCUGCAGAGCAAGAUUCAGAAACAUGUGGCAUUCGAGCUGGAGCUAUCUGCCAACCGAGGGCGUGUGGGAGCUGUGACAGCUGAAGGGGAGGCCCUAAUUGGUGCCGGCCAUUUUGCGGGUAUGGAGAUCCAGGCACGACUGGAUGAACUGGAGGCUGCAUGGCAUGAACUGCAGGAUUCCAGUCAUCUGAAACGUGAACGCCUCAAUGAUGCGUACCAGGCGCAGCUUUUCAGUCGUACUCUGGAUGAGCUCGAAGUGUGGAUGGAUGAGGUGGAGCUGCAGCUGCAGUCUGAGGACCAUGGCAAAGAUCUGGCAAGUGUGCUUCACCUUCUGAAGAGGCACUCUCUCCUGGAGGGAGACGUCAACAGUCACAGUGAGGCCAUCGAGCAGGUGAAGGACACUGCGGCAGCAUUCCAGAGUUCACAUCACUUCAUGGGUGCUGAGAUACAGGAACGGGCCCUCACAGUCAUAAAGAGGUAUCACUCCCUACAGCAGCCGAUGCAGAUUCGAAGGGAUAAUCUGGAGGAUGCGUUGAUGCUGCACCAGUUCCUGCGGGAUGUAGAGGAUGAGCUCCAGUGGGUGACAGAGAAACAGCCACAGGCAGCAUCCACUGACCUGGGAACCAGCCUCACAGCUGUUCAGAGUUUGCAGAAGAAGCACCAGGCUCUGGAGGCAGAGCUUGUGUCCCGGGAGCCAGUGGUGCAGGCCCUUGUGGGGCGGGCACAGAGGAUGGUUCGGAGUGGGCACUUCGCGGCUCCUCGUAUUGAAGCCUGCAGCAGCGAGCUGACUGAGAGGCUCGGUCACCUCCGCGACCUCGCCAGUGUGCGGCGCCUGCGCCUCCUGGAUGCGGUGGAAUCACAGAUGUUCUACGCAGAAGCAAAUGAGGCAGAGACGUGGAUCCAAGAGAAAUGGCCUCUGUUAACAUCGAGCGACUUCGGAAAGGAUGAGGACUCGGUACAGUCGCUGACGAAGAAACUGGAGGGAGUGAUGCGUGAUCUGAGCCAGUUCCAGCACACCAUAGGCAAGUUGGCCAAACUGUCUCUGGGACUGGUGGACCGUGGGCACUUUGACAGCCACAACAUCACUACAAAGCAGGCUGAGAUUGAGGCACACUUCUCUGAGCUGCAGUCACUCGCCGCCAAGCGGUCGUCUCGGCUGGUCGAGUCCCUCAAGUUGUACCGGUUCUUGCGGGAGGCUGAUGAGGUAGCGGAAUGGAUGGGUGACCAGACAGCUGUGGCUGCAUCAGAGGACUAUGGUCGUGAUGUGGAGCACGUGGAGCUGCUAAUUCAGACUUUUGACUCCUUCCUCUCCAGCCUGGCUGCUAGUGGGGGACGUGUCACAUCCUGCCUCUCGACAGGCCGUGCCCUCAUUGAAGAAGGGAACCCUGAAAUUGAACAAAUCCAGGGGAAGCUGGAUGAAACACAGCAACUUUGGGAGGACUUGAGGGAGCUCGCGCAUGCGCGGCAGGAGGCACUUGCUGGAGCAAAACAGGUGCACGUGUUUGACCGCAGAGCAGACGAGACUAUCGGGUGGAUUCAGGAAAAGGAUGCUGCUUUGUCAGCGCAGGGGUACGGGCAGGACCUGGAGACAAUACAGGCUCUGGUACGCCAGCACCAGGUGUUUGAGACUGAUCUUGCUGCCGUCAAGGAACAGGUUGAGUCAGUGACAGAGGAGGCUGGACGAUUGGCAUCGCUGUUCCCAGAUGCACGGGAGCACAUCGCAGUGAAACAUGAAGACACUCUUGAAGCGUGGGAAGACCUCCUAGAGAAGUCGGCACAGCGCCGGGACAAACUGCAACAAGCCGAACAGCUGCAGGCAUACUUCGAUGAGUACAGGGAUCUCAUGGCGUGGAUUAACGAGAUGAUAGCAAAGGUGACAGCGCCUGACCUGGCCCAGGAUGUGCCUGGAGCCGAAGCGCUGUUGGUGCGUCACGAAGAGCACAGGGCAGAGAUAGACACGCGAGCUGACGCAUUCGCUAAAUUCUCUCAGACAGGCCACGAGCUCAUAGUAGAGGGCCACUUUCUGGCACAUGAGAUUGAUGAGAAAAUCAGCGUUCUGGAGCAGCGGAAGGAGCUGCUGAGUGACACCUGGGCCCGCCGUAAAGCCAUCUAUGAGCAGAACCUGGACACGCAGGUAUUCAAGCGUGAGGCUGACUUGCUGGAGAACUGGAUCAUAUCUCGAGAGCCACUACUGCAUGAUGGGAAGCUUGGUGAGACAAUUGCUCAGGUGGAGGAUCUGAUACGCAAGCACGAGGACUUUGAGAAGACAAUUGAGGCUCAAGAGGACAAGUUCAGUGCCCUGCGACGCAUCACCAUGUUAGAGGAAGCAUUCCAAAAGCAGCAGCAAGAAGAGAUGGCCGCCCGCCAAGCUGAAAAGGAACGUUUAGAACGAGAACGCAUCGAGGCCAGAAAGAGGCGAGAGGUGCAGCGCAUUACAGAGGAACGAAGGCGGGAGGAUGAACGGAGGAGGACGCAGGAGUCGCGUGGCGUGCGGGAUGAGGUGAAUGGAGGUUCAGAGCAGCUGGACAUCAGCACUAGUAGCAGCAGCCUACUGCCCAGCUUGAUGACCGAAAACGUCCCGUACCAGCCCGUGUUCACCUCGGCACGCUCCAGUUACACCAGACCCAUCUCUCCCAGGUUGAAUACACUUGACGUGUCUGACCCUGCCAACACAGGCACGCUCCACAAGGCAGGCAGCGUCUCCCAGCUGUUUGGUGAACAGAUGCGGCGGGACAUCAAGCGCGCAGAGAGCAUGAAGGUGGAGCUGAAGAAGCCCAAGCGAACGCCAAGCUUCACGACCCGCCGUCGCACUCAGAGUUUCCGUAAGCUGCAACGGCUUGAGCAGUUAGAGCAACUCCCCCCAGUUGAGAUCCAGGGCACGCUAGACCGAAAGCAUGAGCUGCAGAGCGCUGGCAAGAAAGCGCCCGUCCGCUCAUGGAAGACGUUCUACACGGUGUUGUGCGGCCAGCUGCUGUGCUUCUUCCGUGACCACGACGACUUCCUGGCCAGCAAGGCUGCCACAUCACCCAUCAUAGUGUUCAAGGCACACUGUGAGAAGGCCGAGGACUAUACCAAACGCAAACACGUGUUCAGGCUGUGUUGCACUGAUGGCUCAGAGUUCCUGUUCCUGGCAGCAACAGAACGUGAGAUGGAGGACUGGGUAAACAAGAUCUCGUUCCAUGCCAAACUGCCUCCUAGUCUGCAGCUGCUCAGCUAUGAUGACUCACACAAGAGCCCUGGCAGUGUGAGUCGAUUGCCGGUAGCAGGAGACGUGAGGGAUGCCGGGGGAGAUGCCAGCUCGGCGUCCAGCCGAGGUUCGUCUCCGGAACCCCCUGAGCAGAUGCAGGUGUUGCAGCAGCAGUCAGGGGACAGGCCCCCCGUACCACCCCGGGGAGCUCCUCCACCCAUACCGACGCGCUCGCCCAGUACAGAGGGAGUCGUCUUGAGGAACAAGUUGCCUGCAACCGGUGGAGAAAUGCGCCCAGUGUCAUACCAUCAAAAUGGUGUUCCCCCUCCUGAUGCAGGCAGCUGGAGACGCAGCCACAUGGAUUUUUCACAGCAGCAGCAGCAAGAGGUGCCCCCGCCUUUGCCGUCCUCUGCGCCCCCCCACAGGCCCCGUGCCAGCGGUCCUGACCACUGGAGCCAGCAACAACAGCAGCAGCAGCAGCACGGCGUGUACCAGGCAUGCGUGAAUGUGGGGGCGUCAUCACAGAUCGCACAGACAGGGCGGGACGCGCGACCGAGUUCCCUGCCGCCCUAUGUCUCUCCCCCCUCUGCAAGUGUUGGUCUGGAGGGGUCGCAGCGCCACGUGCCACCUGGAGAGAACUUGGUGGAGAGCGAGCAGCAUGCUCCCGCAGGACGCAAAGACAAGGACAAGCGCUCCAGCAUGCUUAGCAGCUUGUUCCGCAAGAAACGCGCCACACAUCUCUAGUAAAGUUAAAGUAGCAUUCCAGACAGUGUACUGUAAAUAGCCACUGCCAUCCAAGUCUGUAUUAUACGUAGUAAGGAGCCUCAUGGGUGAAUGUAUAAUAGAGUCGUUAAUUGCAUUGGGAGAUGAGCAGCUAUUAUAUAUGAUGUUUCUUUAAGUACAAUAAAGAUAGCGUUUGCUCAGAA